AUGGCCGAGGAAACGAAUUACAAGCUGAGCGAGCACAACUUGGAUAUCCCUGCUGAUCUGGCGUUCGUGGACGGUCUGCUUCAGGACCAUGGUUUGGAGGCGGAACCGCAGACUCGUGGCUUUAUCCUGGACCUAGCUUACACCUUAGCAAGGGACAAACUGGUGGAGGCCCAACACUUCGCCCAGCUGGCGAACCGUUCCACCGUGAGUGUCGAGGAUCUGCAGAUGGCGAAGCUGAGGCGGACCCGCAAGCUAAGGAGGAGCGAGAAACUUAGCGCGUGUUCGAUGAAGCUAAUGGCUAAACAAUUUAGCCAGGAGUAUCUGCCCGAGCCGCGUGCGGAAGUGGGAUUAAUGCUGCCCUACUGGUACAACUGUCAGGUGGACGUUAUGGCCAAGCUGAAAGGCAAGAUCAUUCAAUUCCCCAAGCGGAGGAUCGGAAGGCCGCCUAAAUCGGUGGCACCUGCUGCCACUUCCGCUGCUGACACUUCUCCCACUUCCGCUGCUGCCAUUUUUUCCACUGCCGAUGCUGACACUUCUUCCACUUCCGAAGACGAGACUUCUUUUACUUCCGCUGCUGCCACUUCUUUUACUUCCGCUGCUGCCUCUUCCUCCACUUCCACUGCUGCCAAAUCUUCCACAUCCGAUGCUGCCACUUCUUCCGCUUCCGCUGCUGACACUUCUUCUACUUCCGCUGCCGCCACUUCUUCUACUUCCGCUGCUGCCAUUCCUCCCAUUUCCAAUGCUGUCACUGCAUUCACUUCCGCUGCUGUCUUUUCCACAUUCAAAUUCCGCAGUCGGUCCCGCACCUGGACCGGUCCAUAGAAGGCCACGUAUCACAAUUAUCCAGCAUGAUUAAACUAUGAACAAA